AACAAGUCACUCAGGACCCAGAUCAGUAUCCUCCUUAAAGUCACAGUCAUCUCAGCUAACAGCCUCUCAGCCCAGCCCAACAAGCACAAGCGGAUCAGGCAGGCUGUGCGAUGAAGGAUGCCCGAGCACAAGAAGGAAGCCGGUAGCUUAGCGGGUGCCGCUUGAGUGAAAGGCAGUUUUUCUCCGUGCUUUCUCUUGAUCUGAGGAAUACUGGCAGGAGAGCGAGCUGUCUGCCCUGGGCCCUGUAGCCGGCCAGCACCUCACCUGGGACUUCAGGCUCCUUGCAGGAAGCCUGAGCCAUGCCGUUCUCCAGCUUAGCCAGAACAGUGGAUGAGAAUGUGGACUAUCUGUUCAAGGUCAUCCUCAUUGGGGAUUCCAACGUGGGGAAGACGUGUGUGGUUCAGCAUUUCAAGUCUGGAGUCUACAGUGAGUCACAGCAGAACACCAUCGGGGUGGACUUCACCGUGCGCUCCCUCGAGAUAGAUGGCAAGAAAGUGAAGGCCUCUGUCUUUCUGCAGAUGCAGGUGUGGGACACGGCAGGCCAGGAGCGCUUCCGUACCAUCACCCAAAGCUACUACCGGAGUGCCCACGCAGCCAUCAUCGCCUAUGACCUCACGCGGCGGUCCACAUUCGAAUCUGUCCCUCACUGGAUCCAUGAGAUAGAAAAAUACGGAGCGGCCAACCUCGUCAUCAUGCUGAUCGGGAACAAGUCAGACCUGUGGGAGAAGCGGCAUGUCCUGUUUGAGGACGCCUGUGCACUGGCUGAGAAGUACGGCCUCCUGGCUGUCCUGGAGACAUCCGCCAAGGAGUCCAGGAACAUAGAUGAAGUCUUUGUGCUCAUGGCAAAGGAGUUAAUUGCCCGCAACAGCCUGCACCUGUAUGGGGAGAGUGUCCAGCAAGGUCUCUCCCAGGAUUCCAGCCCAGUUCUUGUGUCCCAGGUCCCCGGUGAGAGCAGCCGCUGUACUUGUUGAACAUGUACAGGAAGCCAGCACGACAGCCAGGGUAUCCAGGCGCCAGUGUCUGGUAGCAUUGCCGGCUGAGCCUCACCCCCAGCCUGAUGGGCAGCACAGACUCUGAGGAAAGGGGACACCACUGUCCUCAAGGACUCCUAUGGAAAUGAGGAGCUCAGGCCCUGAAGGAAGAGAGUUAGGACGGAUUUUCCCCAUACUGAUCUGUCUCCCCAACCUCCAACAGUUUAAUAGUGGAAUUUGCUUCUCUGUUGUACAAAGACAGUAGUUAAAUGGGGAGCGGGAAGAUGCAGAGAGGAUAUUUGGAACAUUCUAGAUUUGGAAACAGCCCAGGCACUGUUGGAGAAGGCUUGUAAUGAAAAGCCAGCCUGCCUCCAACAGUCACAGUCAGGUGACUUCUCUUCAGAAGGUCCUGUUCAAAUCACAGCAACCACAUGGUGGCUCACAACCAUCCAUAAAGAGAUCUGACGCCCUCUUCUGGUGUCUGAAGGCAGCUACAGUGUACUCAUAUAAUAAAUAAAUCUAAAAAAAAAGAAAAAGAGGAGCAAGGCCUGUUACCUAGAAGCUAGAAAUGCUUUCUUUUCAAAUGGUCAGGAACUAGGAGGCAGAUGGAACUGGCUUGCCCUCUGUCAAUCUGUUUGACCACAAGGAUGGAAGAAAUACCUACCAUGAAUUUUUUUGUUUUGUUUUUUUGAAUUUGGAUUUUUGGAGACAGGGUUUCUCUGUAUAGCCCUGGCUGUCCUGGA